UUUCACCGUAUCCGAUAUAAGGAACGUGUGUGCGUGCGCUGCACCCCGUACCAAUUAGCGCAUACUUCGGCUCUUGGUGUUCGGGACCCCAGCAUGGUCCCGACAAAAGGUGCUCUCUCUCAGGACCCAACGACGACGACGACGACGACUACGACUACGAGGAGGCACGGUCCGUUUUCAAGGAUGUCGUGUUUCGGUGGUCAGGACAAGCAGAUUUAUCUCGUGGAAGUAUUGAUCGACAAAUUACAAUUGACACCGAACAAAGUGAAGGACAUUUGUGAUCGAGCUGUCGCAAUUAAAGUCAAGCUUCUCGAUUUCCCUCUAUUCGAGAUCACAAGGGAAGAUUUUGAAUCAUUAAAGAAAUCACCUACUAUCGUAGAAAAAAAUGGGACCGUACGUUUCUCCAUGGGUAGAAGUUGUUUAUUCAUUAGAAAACCGAAAGAUCUCGUAGAUGAGCUACGUAAUGCCAACGUUGGUAUUGGUGUAUUUUGCGUCGGUGAUACUUAUCCUUUGGCCGAGGCCAUUGUUAAAUUAUCUGGUUGUUUAUGCGAUCAAAUCGCAAUGUCGACGAAUGAUACCGAAAAUAUGCCAAAGCCAUUCUCCGUAAAAGGUGGUUUUCACUUAUUGGAUCCAGGAGAAAAUCCAUCGGGAAUAUUGGAUAUGGAAUUGAAGAUCACUUGUUUCGGACGAUUCAUAACUACGAAAUACGAGCUUAGACCAAGCUUUUUCAUUUUCAAGAAAAAGGACGACAUGCGAGAAUUUUGCGUCGAACGAAAUAUACCGCCUCACAUACGUCACGAUUUGCUCAAGGAAGACUAUCCUCUGCCAGAAUCAAUACACGAAAGUUUUAUCGCCAGUUCAGACGUCAAGGAAUCAACCACGCAGAAGAAUAAAAAGAAAGCUAAAAAGAAUAAGAAGUCUCUAAAUUAUCCGAUGAGCAAAAAAUUAUCUAAAAAAGGAAAUAAUCCAUUUCAAGGAGGUGGUGUUGCUUCGUCAUCGCCACGGUUGCCAAUAAACGAUCCAGGUUUUAAAUAUUUAACGACAGCUGAGAAGUUGAACAAUCGUGAGUAUCGUAACUUGAUUUAUAAAGCUUAUCCCAACGAGUCAACUUGCAAUUGUCUACCGAUAAACCAAACGCUGCAUCCAUUAAUAUGUCGUUCCGGUUGUCAGCGUUUGUGUUGCAUGAAAUUAAGAAAUCCUCAAAAGUUCAUUGUAAUAUGUAAAAACGAAAAUUUACCGUCAGAAACGAGGAAACAAAAUGAAGAAGGAUAAUGACGAUUAAAAAGCGGAGGUAGCGAAGACGAUUAUUACCAUAAUACCGAUACGCCGAUCGACGUUGAGAAUAAUAUCGAAUUCACUUGGUACGGUGAUAAAAUCACGAAAGAAAAUAAUCGUUUGCAAGGUGGAGGACAUGAAUAUGAUCUACCAGGUUGCGUGUGUUCCGGUGCACCGAGUCUUUACAAAAAGAGCGAAGAAACGGGUUGUAAGGGCAGAUUGAAAAGUUUAGAAAAGGCAAAGCCUGGCUGUACCUGCGCAGGACAGGAUCCGCCUAUUUGGAAAAAAGGCGGUCCAGAUUGCAAUAAGAAACCAUGUACAGGUAUUGAUUGUCUCUUGCGCGCAUUCAAGGAAGCCCAAGAAUUCGUAGAUUCCUUAGGGAAGGUACCUGGUUUCGAAGGUUUAGGCUUGAUGGACCCUUCGGAAAGUCCCUUUUUUGGCAGAGAUAUCAGCAAAGAUUACGAGACCGAUGAUACACAGGCAGAGAAGAGAGCGCAGGCAUUACCAUUACCGAAUCCUCAUUGCACAGCUCCUUGCAAUUCACGUAUUGGAACACAUAAAUUUGAUACAGGCAUUAAUAACGUUUCCGUGCCUCAUUCAACUUCGGCUUAUACCGCAGCAACGCCAUUAACGAUAGCCGUGCCAGGUCGUACAGGGGUCGUACGCGAAGCUGUACCUACGCUACCUGAUAACGGUUCGACCGUUGUUUAUGCAAAGCCAAAAAAGAAGGAAGAAAAGAGAGAGGAAAAGAUCGACAAGUCGAAGGAUAUCGAUGCCACGCCAUCUGUACCCGUGGAAAUUGAUCUAGGUCCUUGCGGUGAGCCUAAAUGUAAAUCAAGACGUAAGAAGGUCAUGGAUACUGUAGAAUCAAUCGAAAAUAUGGAAUUUUCUCAUAAGAAAUCAGUGACGCAAAUAAAGCCUUUAAGUACUGGUGUGGCAACACCUUUAACCAGUAGUAAAGCCAGUGAAAAGGGUAAACAUAAGCUUAAGAUCAACUCUUUAAGUCCCUCUGGAGAUCGUACUAUUAAAACACCUAUAAAGGUCAGUAAACGGGUGAUGCGUUAUGUAUAUUCCAUCGGGGAUGUUUAUCCUGGUGUUCAUUAUGGUCACAAAAAUUGUAUCGAUGUUCGUAUGAGAGUACCAGCCAAUAUGGGUUGGUUAUGGAAUACUAGUAGCACGCUUUAUAACUUGAAACCACGGAUUGGCUGGAAGCCUGGUGCUAUAGGAAGGUAUUUGAGCGAAUUGCUUAAAGAGGCAAAAGCUGGAUCAAAGGGUAAACCAAGGGCUGUACCUUUCCGUACUAGAAAAGGUAAAACUUAUAGGAGUAUGAGCUUUACCUCGGUGAAAAAGUUACAAGCAAAGAAAGAAAACGAAGAGGAAACAGAACUGCCACCAACUUUACACAUUCAUAGAAAAGAUGGAACGUACUAUGUUACAAUGUAUCCGAUCAAGCAAGAGACCAUGGACGUGCCAAAGCUAGAACAACCUAUGAAACCGUUGCAAUUUAAGAUUGUAAAGAACAAAGACGACGAAUCUGUGGCAUCUAGCUCGACCGCGUCAGAUAUGGAAAUCGAAUUUUCACCUCCUGCAGCGGUUAGUAGGUAUCGAAAAAAGCCCGACGUCAUUCACAUCGAUACCCAAGUUAAGCAGCAAGAUAUACUCGAUGCAUUAAAAAUCUCAGACAUUUUGAAAAAAGAUAAAAAAUUCAAUAAAACGAGAAAGCCGAGAAAAUGAC